AUGUCAAGUCCCACUUUAAGUGAGAUGGAAUUCCCUUCGUCCCCUCCUCCCCCUCCUCCUCCGCCACCUCCAUCAGUCCCUGCUGGGCGAGAAGAUACAUACAAGUCAAUUACACCAUCAGAACAUAACAAAUCAAUCACCAAACCCACCCCUUCAAUCUCCGAGCAAAUCCUGAAGAAGGAUAAGAAGAAAUCAAUCUCAAGUAAGAAAGCUCAAAUUGCUAAACAAAACGAUUUCAAGCCUAGCUUAACGAGAUAUCUACCUCCUUGUACUGAAGAAGCUUUCAUUGGACCUCUCCUCUCUACUACUGAGGAUACGAUCAGAUUGAUCCAAUCUCAAUGUCCAAGUCUUGCUGGUCUACCGUCAAGAGCAAUUUCUUUGAGACUUCGAUUCGAUGGAAAUACUACUUUGGCAUGUAACAACGUGUUCUUCAGGGUGUUGGACGAAUGUUGGCCUACAGCGUUACACGAAGUACUUCAUCUUGUCCAUGUAGAUGUCGAUCCAUCGGCCUCUAGCAAAGAAAAGGAAGGUAUUGUUGGCAACGAGCCAAAGACUAUUGUUAAUAGGUUGAUCAAUCAGAGUCAAGAUUUGGUUGAUAUCGGAAAUGGAAUUGGAAACGAAAACCACCAUUAUUCAUUUGGAGUCAGAAAUGAGAAGGUGAUCCAUCCAAUUGCGGCUGAUGAUGCUCUGAGGGAACUGACUUGGGAUGACCUGAAGAAGAAUGGGGAACUUUUAGGUGUACAAAGUUGGACUGAUAAUCCUUCCUCAUCCAAGCGAAGUGAGAAAUCAAAUGGGGCUAAUCUCGAUAUUGGGAGUUUGUAUACUUGA